UAAACAGUUGGAUACGAUCCCAACCGGAAGUAACCAAAACCUUAUCCUCCUCACUCAUUCACUCACUAACUUCGUCAAUGGUUGUCUUGUUCGUUAUCUCUAACUCCCAAACUCAAUUCAAUCCCCAGCUCUGAAGUCUAUCCCUUCUCCCUCUCGCUAUGGCUGCUGCUACAGCUUCUGUUUCCUCUUCUUCUUCUAUCUGCAACAGAAUCUACAACCCCACCUUCACCCACACUUCCAUUUCACUCACCACCAACUUCCCUCAGAGACCCAUCUCCUACAAACCCCUCACCUUCAACCUCAAGCCCCAAAGUUUCAAUCUUUUCCCUCUCCCUCUUCACCCUUCCUCCGCUGCAUUCGAUGGAUUCGAAGCCUCUCAAGAACAAGAACAAGAAGAGACCUCUGAAACACCCCAACAACAAGAAGAGCAAAGGGUUUCAGAUUCCAACGACUCUGGGAGGCUCUAUGUUGGAAACUUGCCAUAUUCAAUGACCUCCAACGAAUUGUCCGAGCUCUUUGGAGAAGCUGGCACUGUUGUGUCUGUUGAGGUUGUGUACGAUCGUGUCACGGAUAGAAGUAGAGGAUUUGCAUUUGUUACAAUGGGGAGUGUUGGGGAUGCUCAAGAAGCAAUUCGAAUGUUUGAUGGCUCGCAAGUUGGCGGUAGGACCGUUAAGGUAAACUUCCCGGAAGUGCCCAAGGGAGGUGAAAGGUUGGUAAUGGGGCCGAGAAUUCGGAACAACUCCAGAGGCUUUGUAGACAGCCCUCACAAGCUCUAUGCUGGAAACCUUGGUUGGAGACUGACUUCAGAGGGUCUUAGAGAUGCCUUCGCUGAGAAGCCAGGCUUAUUGAGUGCCAAGGUCAUCUAUGAGAGAGACUCCGGAAGAUCUCGAGGUUUUGGAUUCGUUACUUUUCAAACUGCGGAGGAUGUAGAGGCUGCUUUGAAUGCUAUGAACGGUGUGGAGAUUGAAGGUCGACCUUUAAGGUUGAAUUUGGCUGCAGAGAGAGCACCUUCAUCUCCUCCAAGAAGUAAUGUUGAUAGCUCAGAGUUGUAUUCUAGGGCCAGUACAUGAGCAAUAUGGUUAAUCAAAUUUUGGCCCCUAAAAUGCAUAUCAUAUGGUCUUUUCUCUGAGGUUCCUCCUGCCAAGUGCGAGUCAAAUUGGUAUCCAAUAACUAAACCUUCAGGCAGUGUGUGAGAUGUAUCAAUUAUUGAACAUUUUUAGUGUUGAUUGCUAAUUAUAUAGGUUUUGUAUUUUACUAAAGACACGUGCUGAGGUUGAUCAAGUAAUAUUCAAGUAAGGAUUUAUAUAAA